AUGGCCGACACCUGGGCCGGCUUCUCUCAGGAGGAGCUGCGGCUUUUGCGGUGUCAGCGUCCAGAUUUGUAUGAACCCUUGGAACAGCAGCAUCGUCCCCACACUGUGAAUAAGACUCGGAAGCAAUUGCAGCGAGAAAAAGCCCUCCAGGAACAAUGUCAGAAGCUGGGACUGCAGGGUGGAGCAGCCUCUGUUCCUCCUGAACAGCUUCUUUCUGUACCAAAACCCAAGCCGUGUCAUCCUCAGCAGCCUGUGCCACCACCUCAACCUUCUUCAGUAGGAGAUCAAAAGCAAAGUGACAGCCAAGGCCAGCAGAAGGGAGUGGCACCAGUAGAUCCCUUUAAUGGCAGUGACAAUGCCCAGACCCACCCUGCAAAGGCAAACUCCAAAGUGGAGAAAAAGAAAGUGGAAUUGCAGGAAAAAUCACGAUGGGAAAUCCUCCAGCAGGAGCAGCGGCUGAUAGAAGAGAAGAAUAAACGCAAGAAGGCACUCCUGGCCAAAGCCAUUGCUGAGAGAUCCAAAAGAACUCAAGCUGAAACAGUGAAACUCAAAAGGAUUCAGAAGGAGUUGCAAGCUCUGGAUGACAUGGUGUCUGCUGACAUCGGCAUCCUGCGGAACCGCAUCGAUCAGGCCAGCUUGGCCUACUCCUAUGCCCGGAAGCGGUACGAUAAGGCUGAGUCGGAGUACGUGGCAGCCAAGCUGGACCUCCAGCACAAGACAGAGAUUAAGGAGCACCUGACAGAGCACCUGUGCACCAUCAUACAGCAGAACGAACUCCGCAAGGCCAGGAAGCUGGAGGAGUUAAUGCAGCAGCUGGAAGUGGAGGCAGACGAAGAAAAUCUGGAACUUGAGAUAGAGGUGGAGCGGAUGCUGCAGCAGCAGGAGGCAGAAGCAGGAAGACAAGCCAGCCAGUCGCACAGUCACGCUGGGACAGCUAAGGAAAACCCCACUCCCAGUGUUGCAGCACGGGAGAGUGAGCAUGCCAACCAUGAUGUCACUUCUGCUACGUCUGAACAGUUGGUUCAGUCUCAAAACUCUGGUACCAAAUCCCUCUCCAGUGUGGACAGCCAAACUCAAGCGGUAAAAGUGACCCCAGGAAGCUCCCCAGCUUGUUUUGCUACAUGA